AUGUCAACUGAGAAGGCUCUGUUUUCCAAAGCACCAGCAAACAGUGGAAGAAUAACAGGCAUGGGUUUCUCAUCCUACAUGCUCAUACUAACUUUGUCUUUCUUCUCUCAGGCAUUUUUGCUUUCAGCAUCAAAAUCCAUGAGAACCGUUGAGGACGACAUGUUCCUAAAUCCAUUUGGGAUGGGGAAAGCCCUUCAGAAGGAAGAUAUUGCAGAGAAAUCCGGAGCUGUGCCUUCCCUUGAACACUAUAAAUCUGAGGAGGGUAGCUUUAUCAACGAGGAGGACAGCAGAAAUUCAAAGAACAUAGGCUCCAAACAUAGUUUCUUAAACCGUGGUCUGCCGUUGAACGUAGCCCUUAAGCAGCUCCCUUAUCUUGCACUGAAGGGAUCAGUGGCUUUUCCAGCUGACAGUGGAGUUCAGAAUAUUGAAUCAACACAGGAAAGGCGAGAGAUUGGGGAUGAAGAAAACUCAGUUAAAUUUCCAAUAGGAAGGAGAGAUUUUGACAUGCUCAGGUGCAUGCUGGGAAGAGUCUAUCGACCUUGUUGGCAAAUCUGA